AUGCAACCAUCUCUUUACAGCCCAUUCGCAUUCGGUUUUGGUAUGUGUUUACCAGUUGACAUCCAUUGUGUCACAGAUACGCUCAGAAAUAUUUCAAUAAUUGCAAGUGGUCACGUUUGUAUCGGAUGGACAAAGAAGAAGAAUAACAACAACGACGACGACAGGAAACCAGCAGCAACAUCAAGAAACAGAAUGAACAAGGAUACUUAUUCGAUUCAUCGGGCGUAG